AUGAGUGCCGGCGACGACGAUCCCGAGUGGCUGUCGAAUCGAGAAAAUGAGUCUGUUGAAGACGAGGCAGCCGUCCCUUCGACCAGUGGCGACGGUUCCUCCAAACCAUUGGGGUUCAAUAGAGCAGCUCCCUUCGACAAUUCAACUGAAAUAAGGGCUUCUGAUAAUGUGAAUAAAGCUGGGGUUUUCAAGUUCGAAGACGAAGAAGCUAAAUUGGAUGAUGCUAGUGGGAGAGCUCUGGAGAAUCAAGCUCCUUUGAGCGGCCGACAGGUGUUUGCUGAAACACUUGGCAAGGGUAAACACCCUAUAAAACCAACUAAAACAAAGGACCAACUGGAGAAGGACAAAUAUCUAUUUGUUCGACGGGAUGCACCAGCUCACCCAACCACCAAGAAAACGAGUUCUGUCCAAUCAGGCCCCUCCCCACAUCUUUUACCGGCUGAUGGUAUCGAAUCAUCUGAGCUGCCUAUGUUGUCUGGCACAGAAAGCCACACGUACCAAGCUUCAAGUGACCAGGCAUCAGUCAGCGAAAGUGUCAAACCGUUUGGAGGACCCAAGAAAUCGGUCGAAGGCGGACAGCCGAAUGUCAAAGUGCUCAAACGCCAAGCCGAGGAAUCGAGUGCCAAAAAUGUAAAGGCGAAGAAGAAGAAGAAGAAGAAAAGUAAGGCCGAAGCAGCCAACACCGAACACAAUGCAACGCCAGCCAACGAGAAGGUAAAGAAAAUUAAAGAAAUACGACACGAAGGAAGUUCCAAUGUUGUGCGGAUACCUCUUGCUAACAGUGACAGUAGAGGACCAGUGGAAAAAGUGCAAAAAGUUUCUUCAGAUGCAGUAUCUUUCAUAUCUUUGGUGGACCCACAGAAAUCGGCCAUUGACCUUCGGUUUCUAGUUCGUGACCUUCGUACUCUUGCCCUCAAUCCCAUUCGUGGAUUGGAGAAGGGUUGCUCGUCAUCCACUCUGUCGGUCUUCCUGAAAUUCCGAUCUCUCGUGUAUAGGAAGAGCUUGAUUUCACAGCCACGGACUGUGAACGAGACAAUCGAAGCUCUCUUAACCACUCAUCAACCUGCUUUGCGUCGUUCUAUUGAUAAACCAGUGACAAUAAGCCUGUGGGAAGACCUCCUUCGAGGCCUAUUGAUGACCCAACAAAAGGCCAGCCCAGUCGAUCCCGACCAUGCUCGUCAUGAAGUUUUCGCCUCGGCCCUCCCAUCGGGCGCACAACUGAGGGCUAAGUUCGCUCGUUUCGGGCCGCUUGAUCUCGACGCGACUCGUGUCUUCUUGAAGACCUACACGUGCCGCCUGUUCUACCGAUGCCGGGCUGAUGCUGAGGAAGCACUCGACUUUGCCAUGACUAGCGAAAACUUGUUCGGUAGCACAAACGUCAGAUGCCACGUCAAGGAAGUUAGAGUCGAGCCGCCGGUGGAGCCUGAACUGCCGCCCGUCAGGGCCAAGUUGCCGGCUACCGUGGCUGAGCGAUCGCCGUCUGUGCAGCAGCCAAAGUCAAUCUUGAAAAAAGCCUUCGGUGACGAGGGUAAUACUGGUAAUGGUAGAGGUACACGUGUAAAGUUUGUGUUCGGCAGUAAUAGUAGUAAUGCUAAUGCUAGUGCUAACAAGGCUCAGGAACAACUUUCUAGUUUUGUUGUGGGUUCCUCGUCUAAUAAAAACAUUUCACAUUCGUCCAUGGAUAGUAGUAGUAGUGCUGCUAAGAAUUUGCCCAACAAGGUUUUUUCGAAUGUUACUAGUCAUCGUCAGUUGGAAAAACUCCCGGUGAAUUUGCCGAGUUCCGAGCCAAAUAGAGACAUUUCACAACAGCUUCUUGAUUUAAUGGCUAGGUGUAGUGAUGUGGUGAGUCAGGUGUGGGGGUCUUGGGAUAUAUGUCGUACCAUGCUCUUUAGAAGAGAGAUGCCAACGUGA